CACACAGAAAGAACAGAAGUUAGUUGAUUGCUCGUUCGUCUGCUGUCGCGUUUGCUUUGCUAGAAGCAGAAAAAAUAUAUAUUCGCAUUUUUAAGUGUUUUUGUUUCUUAUACUACUUUACGUUUAUAAUUCUGUAUAUAUUGUGAGAAGUGACAAGUUGGAAGAAAUGGAGGUGUGGUCGUAAAACUUGCACUGAGGACUCGUUCACAAAUUGAUCUUCCCUAGGGCUCGCUCGUGCCUGCGUGCAGUACAGCUAUACACCGAACAUUUGCGACACAAAUGUUUUUAUAAUUUAUUAAAAACCUAGGAUUAUUAGGUUAUGCAUAUUUUAAAUAAAUCGAGCUUAACCUAGGCUGCUAAAAUGAGCAACUGGGCUAGGAGGAUGCACCGGCGGGCUGCCACUUUGAGCAAUGUGGUCACAUCCUGUGGGCACCCGAAUACAAUGCCCUAUCCGCGGCGGCUAGAAAAAGUGAAGUUCGGAGUACCCUUGCACGAAGUUUGUAAAGACGACAUACCCGGGCCUCUACUCGUGCUGAUUUUAAAGUUGAACAAGGAGGCACCGCUGCGUCGCGAUGUAUUUCGCGCACCAGGACAUCAGGGUGCUAUGAAGAAGCUGAUUCACUUCCUGCAAACGGGCCGACUAGUGAACGUAGACAAUUACUCUGUGUAUACCAUUGCUAGUGUACUCAAGAAGUUUUUGAGGAAAAUACCGGGAGGAGUGUUUGGACGUGAUGGGGAAAUGCACCUUUUCACUGCUGUUGAGUUGCCUGAUGAGCAGCAGGUCCAUGAAAUAAGAAGACUGCUUCUGUCCCUGCCAGUGUGCACGCAAAGGCUGCUAGUGCUGCUGUUCGGCACGUUUCGGGUGAUGGCGUCAAAUGCUGACAAAGCUGGUACAGGCAUGACAUCGGAAGCGCUCGGUGUGUCCGUAGCCCCGUCAUUCUUCCACUCUUGCGUGUCGGAUGGCAAAACCGCCACCAUGGAGGACGUUCAGAGGUUCAAGGCUGAAGUGUGCGUGGCGACCCGCAUAAUGCGUCAGCUGAUCGAGCAGUUCUCGGCGGGCGAUCUCUUCGGUCGUGAUAACUACGAGUACUACGCGCGGGUGACGGGCCGUAUCCUGCGAGUGAAGGACGAGUGGAUAUGCUCGUUCAGGGACCCGCCGCCGCCGAGACACCGCAUCGACCAGGAGGCCUACGCUAGACAGUUAUCACUGGAAGCCGAGAAGACGUGGCUGCAAUGCGAAUGCGAUCGUUGGGGCAAUAAAUUCAAUUUAGAAGGUUUAACAAAGUCCGAAGAGUGCCAAUCCAUGCCAGCGCUGAUGGGAGUCGUGGGGGGCAGCGCGGCCGGCGGCGUGCUCGGCCUCGGCAUCAUACCCGAGCACUCGCUGCUCGACUCAUGCACCAGGCUGUCCAUCUCGCUCGAGGAGAGCGUGUUCAAGGUGUCUGUGAGUUCGUCGUCGCAGUCGUCUCGCAGCAACUCCAGCCCGCACAUGACGCUGGACGAGCUCCGAGCCAUCAACAAGUACGCGGAGAGCACCAAGAGCCUCUCCUACCUCCCCCAGGUGCACGAGCGGCAGCGGGCGCGCAUGCGCACGCGCUCCGAGUGGUUCCUGCAGCCCGCCGCCUCGCUCGACACGCCGCGCGCGCGCGCCGGUGGCGAACGUCGCAGCUCGCGGCGGCGGUCCCGGCGCGCUCGUCUGUGCGCGGGCGGCGCCGCGUGCCGCGCGCUCACGCACUCCGACACUGAGGUCCCGCUCGCUCUCCAGCCUCGUAAAAUAACCGCCUGACGCGAAAUUAAGGUCGACAUCACCUACCUAGGAGUGCCUACACCGAAGCGCGCCACGGAACCUGAUCUGAGGCUUCUUGUUAGUUAUUUAAGUCUUCGGCCUCGCAGUGAUCGACUAUCGCUUCCUUAAAUACACCACUAUCAGUUAGUCGUCUGAUACUAAGAUUCCACUCGCUCUCCGGCCUCGUAAAAGAACCGCCUGACGAGAGAUCACGGUCGACAUCGAGUAUCUUCGAGUGCGUACAGCGAAGCGCGUCACUGAAUCUGAUAUAAGGCUUCUAGUUAGUUAUAAGUCUUCGGCCUCGCAGUGUCACCUGAAGUGUGACCGCGUCACUGAAUAGCAUCUGAGGCUCCAUGUCAGUGAAUAUUCUCUUCGGCCUCCAGCCUCGCAGAGGCCGCCUAUUGCUCCCAGGAUACAUACCUACUAUUUUUCGGAAUUUUCUUAUCAUUAUCAAGCAUCAUUCCCGACUGCGUCGCAGAUAUCGAUCUUUAAAGUUUUAAACCAUUAUAAUCGAAACGACAUUAAUGGAAACGCAAUGGGAACCUUUACAUUGCGUAUGUCCAUAGAUCUCAGAGCCCUUUACCACGAGGCGACCUGUGUUCAUAAUAUGUUACAAAACUUACGACUACCAAAACGAACUACCUAGACCUGUGAAGGAAUGGAAAUCGUUCCCUAAAUUCGCAGCAUUACUCAAACGACUUGUAAACAAGACCCUACCAUAGUUCAGUCAAUUUGUAAUAAUAGUGUUUUAUGUUAGUUUUCAUAGUAUUGCAUUUUUAUGAAAACUGGCAUGCUGUUUUCCUCAUUUUAUUUGCUUGACGAAAAAGCUUUAU